AUGAUAAGGGAAACAAAACCAUCACUCAAGACAUCUCUUGGUAAAAAAAAUAUUCACCAAGCACCUGUUGUUGAUAAAGUUAUCGUAAGUGUUGGUAUUGGUUCGCUUGCUACAAGAAAGGGUGUUAAAGACUUUUCUGAUAUAGAGAAAAAUAUCAUUAAGAUAACAGGUCAAAAGCCUCAGCUUAUCAAGUCUAAGAAGUCUAUUUCGAACUUUAAACUGAGAGAAGAUAUGCCAGUUAUGUUCAAAGUUACUCUUAGAAGAGAUAUGGCACUAGGGUUUCUUGAAAAACUUACGAAAAUCGUAUUACCUAGA